UCCCGCUAAGUACGCACCGCUUUCCACAGUGCUUCCAGAAACUCCCCCCUCUCACCCGAGGAAAAUACGCAUAUACAAAACCACACAUAAUCACCAGACGAUGAGUUUCGCAUACCAGGAUGUUGCGCACUACUAUCCCGCCUGAAACAAGCGUUUCACGAUCUACUCUAGAUCUGAACUCUUGGUCUCUUGGCUACCUACACACGCGCCCUCCCCCCCGAUCCACGCGCGAUGAUGCAGCGGAGAAAAUCAGUAAUACCAUCCGCCUCCAUAUUCACCUUUUUUUUUCCUUCCGGCGGGACUUGUUCCUGGACACGUACUUGGAUGUGUGUGUGGGGGGGGAGGGGGAAAAAGGGCUGCAUGCAUCCUCAAGCUAUUGUGUCCAUAUUGAAGCCCACAGCGGGGUUUUCUCGCAUCGCAUUCGUGAAUACCUGACAGACGGAGAUGGGGGCGGGGCAGGGCAGGGCAGGGCAGGGGAGACACCCAAAAGUGGAGAUGAAAGGUAUACCGCCCGAGUCUCACACGGUUCAUAUGCGGACGACGCCUACCCAAAAAGAGGAGAAGAAGGCGGGAGAAGGUCAAGAUGAGGAUGAGCGCGAAUCAUGGCGGUGCCGCGGGGAUACGUGGAAUAGAGAAGGGGGGGGGGGACAUGGCAAUUAGAGGCGAUGGAUUAGGUAGGUAGUAAGUAAAGUCGAUCAACUGAGCACAUGCAGAAAUCGUGCCGGUUUCUCCCAAUUUCCACCAUUCAGUUCCUUGAGCGGCAAGUAAGUAA